AUGGGAAGAGUCGCGAUCGUUGGUGGUACGGGAAACUUGGCACGGGAAGUGAUUGAUACAGUUAUAGCGAAAGGAAAUCAUUCGCUUGUUAUAUGUAGUCGCAAGGCUCUUGACACUGAUGCUCAACACAACGUACAAUACGCACAAGUGGAUUAUGAUGAUCCAUCGUCCAUUCGUAACGCAUUCCGCGGCGUUGACACUGUGUUGUCCUUUAUUGCGACGGCGGAUAGUGACGAAGGAUUUGAAGUGCAAAAGAAGUUGAUCGAUGCGGCGAUUGAGAUGGGCGUGAGGAGAUUUGCACCCUCAGAAUGGGCGGCUGCGAACCAGAGCCAGAUCGCACAUUACCAAUUCAAGGAUCGAACCCAGAAGUACCUAGAGGAGGUCAUAGAGUAUUGUCUAUUCCAGCCUGGAAUUUUCACCAACUACUUUGCCCAUCCCUAUGCAACUACUCAACUUUUUGCCAUGUUCGGCAUGUUCGUGGACUUUGAGCAACGACGGGCAAUCAUCGUUGACAAUAGUGUUGCCAAAUUUACACUAACUACUGUUGAAGAUCUUUGUGCAACAGUUGCAGAUGCCCUGGACUACGGAGGAAAAUGGCCGACAAUUGGUGGUAUGAGUGGAUCCACGAUUGAUGUUGCUGGCUUGAUCGCUCUUGGCGAAUCGAUUCGCGGAGGGCCCUUCCAAGUCGACAGAGUGUCUCUGAAAGAUGUGCAAGACAACACAUUCAGCACAACAUGGGUCCCAAUGAUUGAACAUCCCGGCGUGCCAGUUGCAAUGCGCGAAGCUGUUUCAAGGAAUGUUUUACGUGAAUACCUACUUGGGAUCGAAAGAGGGGCCUGGUCGGUAACCGAUGAGUGGAAUCGUUGCCUAAAUCUCUCUUAUACAGCUGCCGAGCAGUAUCUGCGGAAGGUGUUAAAGAAGGAAGACUGCCUGCCUGUUGUAGACAAGAUGGAAAUUCUUGGCAAACAGGGGGUUUUUCUUACUUACAAGCGAUUUGUCGCAAAUGCCAGGAAAAGACAUUCACUACGAGAGUAUCAAGCCAGCGCAGUCCAAAUGGCUGAACCCACGCCAUCGGAAGACGGCACGUUCAAGAAUGUCAGCGUUACAAGCAGCCAAGAGUCUUUGCAACAGUUUCAAGAUGACUUCUCGGGGUCCCGCACCAGUCGCCGCGAAAUCGUCAAGAGGCUUCACUAUACUAUCAACCUGCCACCCGUUAGCGAGAAGCGUAUGAAGAAGCUCCAGAGUACUCGCGAAGCUGCCGCCAACGACGCUGCCUUUACCCAAGCCAUCAUGGAUCUUUUCCAACUUCUGAGUGAUUGGAAAACCAGCGACAUCACUCUCGUCGUCAGGGUCGCUUCUCCUUCGGAUACAGACGAGGAUCUAUUUGACUCCUUGGAUAGCAGUCACUCUGGCAGCCCAAUUUGGGAUGUGCGUAACGACUUCCAGUAUAUCAGCUUCGACCAAACAUUGAAUAUCACGUCGGGCCUCGCACAAGUUCGGGCCAUCUCCAGCGUGGACCUUCGAGAAGACUUCAGCAACGUCAAAAGACGACUUCAUCCCGCCUGCAUCACUACUAUAUCCCAGGCACUCCCCGACGUCAAGGCUCUAACGUGGGCCUGCAUCAUGCCCUCACGCCGCCUUAAGUCCUCAAGACGAGAAAUUCGUCUCGCUCUCGCAGAGACCUUGAAGCAAAGCGCUUUCACCAACCUCAAAAGCCUUGACAUUUAUCUCGAAGAUCCAGACCCGCUGAACGAAAGCUCCGAUCCUGGGGCAUUUUGUCAGAGUCCCGAGGAAGACGUUCUUUCAUUGGCUAUAAGCAGAAUCUUACAGCUACCUGCAAUUGUCAAAGUGCAGCUCACGGGUCUCUGGACUAUCGCCCCUGCAGCCUUUGAGGCGGCAACAGAGUUUGGGUCCUUAUUAGAGUGGGUAAACAUUGAGGCCAGCGGAACAACCCCCGACGGGAAAUGGCUUAGCAUUGGGGAAGAAGAGGACGAUGUGGAUCAGAAUGAGCCAGACUCAGACUCGGACGCUUCUGAGGCUGUUUUUGACUCGUCGGACUCGGAUACGUCCGACUUUGUUCCGGAGCAUGAAUGGGAACGGGAAGCAGGGAACUUUCCGGCGAACUCGUGGAGGACUUCUAUCGAUACCGAGGUUUUUUUGCCUUAUAUACUACCUCUCGUCAAAAUCACACUCAAGAUGUCACCACUCCGGACUCUAAAAUACGAGAUUCAAAUGCAGCCGUCGCCACUCUUCGUCGAGUAUUAUGCACCGGGAGUCGAGAAUGUCUCGGCGAAAAGAGAGUCAAAUCGGCGCGGACAUUUCGAACGGGAAAAUGCUAGCCGGUCAAGAUGGUAUUUCACGGUUGUGCAAGGCUUUGACGCGUCCUGGACCGUGCCUCCUGAUCUGAUCAGUGCAAUUGAAGAGACUGGUGGAUGCUAUUUCUGGGAUGGACCUAGUUUUCCUAAUUAG